UUUAGAAAUCAACACUAGUACAGAAAGAUUAGUCGUAUAUGAGAAUCUUACAGAAUAAGAUGGAAAAUAACGGUUCAUUCGACGGUGCAGACAGAAUAAGAGAAGAAGCUAGUGAGGUGCCGCUUAUCGUCAAUGAUCACAAUGUGAUUGAUGAUUGGCUCGAUACUAACAAUAGUCAGCUGUCCCAAUUUCAGCAAGAAAAUAAUUCUACCUCUUCGCCUCAGGGAGUCUCAUUGGACUUAACGGAAUUUUUGUUGUUUCGCCCAAGGCCUGGCCCGAAUUCACUAGCAGUCAUUGAGGACGACGCGCCGAACGACUUACGAGAAACAGAUUUCAGCGGAGAUGGUUCCACUAGAAACAUCAUUAACACAGAAACUAAAGACGUAGAAGAAAAAGUUACCGAGGGUGAUGCAAAUGAAUUGGAAACGCAAAUCGACAGCGAAUCCGUCAAGGAAAAUGAAAUGGGAACGAGCACUGUUAUCUUGGACUCGGACGCGACGACGAGCAAUUGGUUGCCCGGGGAUCCCCGACCAUCGACGUCGUCACCCAACUCGAUGCCGCGCCACAACUCCUUCAAGUCCACUUCGACGAACAAUAGCAACAGUGAGGGCGCCCAGGACAAGCCCUACCCCUGCAAUCUGUGCAAUAAAAGUUUCACCCGUAAACAAAGUCGUACGCGACACAAGCUCAAAUACAUCGGAAAGAAGCCCUACCCCUGCGACCUGUGCAAUAAUAGCUACGAUUACGAACGCAAUCUUAAGCGACACAUGCGCACCCACACCAAGAAAAAACCCUACACCUGCCCCGAAUGCGGCCAACAGUUCAGCACGUUCGACGAAAUGAUAAACCAUCGGCUCAUCCAUCCAUUCAAGUGUCGACUAUGCGAGUACGCAACCCGUCGCAAAGAUUGGCUCAGCAACCACAUGAAGACUCACUCUACGGACAGAGUCUUAGGCUCGUCGUCGUCGUCGGGAGCAAUCCCAGCAGACUCGAAGAUACCGACUUACCGCAAUUGGUCGCCCGGGAAUCCCCGUCCAUCGACGUCGUCGCCCAACUCGAUGUCGUGCCACAACUCGUUCGAGUCCGUCACGACGAACAAUAGCAACAGUGAGAGCGUCCAGGACGGGACCUUCCCCUGCGACCUGUGCCAUAAAAGUUUCACCCGUAAACAAGAUCGUAAGCGACACAAGCUCAAAUGCAUCGGGAAGAAGCCCUACCCCUGCGACCUGUGCAAUAAUAGCUACCCUUACGAACGCAAUCUUAAGCGACACAUGCGCACCCACACCGAGAAAAAACCCUACACCUGCCCCGAAUGCGGCCAAGGGUUCAACAGGUCAGACGUCAUGAACACCCAUCGGCGCAUCCACACCGAGGAAAAACCCUACACCUGCCCCGAAUGCGGCCAAGGGUUCAACAGGUCAGACGUCAUGAACGCCCAUCGGCGCAUCCACACCGAGAAAAAACUCUGUACCUGCCGCGAAUGCGGCCAACAGUUCAGCACGUUCAAAGAAAUGAUGGACCAUCGGCGCAUCCACACCGUCCAGAAGCCUUACAAGUGUCAACUGUGCGAGUACGCAACCCAUCGCCAAGAUGGACUCAGCAGCCACAUGAAGACUCACUCUACGGACAGAGUCCCAAGCUCGUCGUCGGAAGCCAGACCGACCCGCCCAGGUUCGAGUCGAGCUAGCCCGGCUACGAGGCCGGCCUCCAAUCACUCCAACGAGCAGCAACUUCGAGACCAAAUCCCAGCAGAACCUGUUCGUCAGGAGCAGCCCGAGGCAGCCCAGGCUCGAGUCGAAUUCGCCGGCAACGAGACAAUUUUGCCUCGAGACCAAAUUGCACCACAAGAAGAUCAAGAUGAAAUGUCGCAGCCUGACCACGAUGGUGAACCCAUUGAACCAAGGUAUCAGCCAAACCUGUGAUAUCUGCGGAAAGACGUAUGCACAAAAGAGUGAUCUCAAUAGGCACGUACGAUCAUCGCCACAAGGUAUCACUCAAACCUGUGAUGCAUUCGGAAAUAAAUUCGCUCAUCAAGUCACUCUCCAAACCCACAUAAAGCAUUUACCUUCACGCUACGAAUGGAAAGAAAUUUAAAAAAAACCAAUCGCCAAACUCAUAAUAAUUCGAUGCAAUAUGGUAUCACUGAUAAGAGCUAUUCUAUGUGAGGAUAGACAUUGACACAAGGAGGAGCUUCGAAAACCCAAAUUUUUUUAUGAUGAAGUCUAAUGUUUCCAUUUAAUACUGAGCGGACUAGAGCCUCUUCUUAAAUUUUUUGAUGACUUUGGUAAAAAAUCCAAUAUUUACUAUUUGUUUAAAGCAAUUAGACGUAAACUCGGGUCAAUAACUUUAAAAAAACUCCGUUCACAAUAAUCUCGAUCAAUUUUACAUGUACAAUAUAAAACGGACUGUGAGAAUCAUUUAUAGAGCAUGUAAACA